AUGGAUGUGGCAAGUCCGAUCCAGGAAAGAUAUACGUGUUUGGGAAGACCUUUGAUUUCUCUAAUCCGUGAGACCUUCAAUCAAGAGGAUGCAGAUGCGAUUCUCUCUAUUCCUAUAAGUUAUACCAGCCAAAGAGAUCGAAGGCCAAACAAGCUCCUCAAGCGUCUCACCAACAGUGUAGAAGAAGCUAUGGGGACUUUCAAUCCAUCGGAAGCAUUGGUAUCACGCAAAGUCAGAGCUGACCCAGUUUGCACUUGUUGUGGUAAAGCGGACGAAUCAAUCGCACAUAUUCUUUUUCAGUGUGAGGCUGCAAUCAAAGUCUGGAUCCACUCUCCAUUUCGGCUAAGACCUGAAGAACUGCUCGAUUGUAGACACAUGGUUGAUUGGUGGGAAUGCAGCUAUGAUCGUAUAACACAAAGUCGUUUGCCCUCUCCCUUCCUAGGUAUGGCUUUACUUUAUUAUUGGUGGAUAUGGCGAGCAAGGAAUGAUUUUAUUUUCAAUGGAAUAGUAUGGGCAACGGAUGCUGUUAGUAGGAAAGCGCAAGGUGAUUUUUACGAGUUUCAGGACGCUAACACUAAGGUCCCCCAUCCUCCUUUGAAUUCCUCUCUGAUGGGGACCUUGGUGUGGCAGCGAUCCGAAAUGAAUGUGCUGAAGAUAAACGUCGAUGCGGCGGUCUGCAGGAGCUCAAAUUCUAUUGGCACAAGGGCAGUGGCUCGAAGGGAUAAUGGUCAGGUUAUUGGUAUUUUUCUAGCUAUUCAUGAGGGGAUCAACUCUUCCAGAAUUGCUGAAGCUUUUGCCAUUCGCAAUGGGUUAAAACUGGGGACUGCUCUAAAGUAUCCUAAGGUGCAUAUUGAAUCGGACGCGGAGGCGAUUGUGAGGAGUUGCAGUGAUGAUCAAAAUCCUCCCUCCGAUAUAGCAGUAGUUAUCCAUGAUUGUUUAGUCUUAAAGAAUUCUUUCACUUCUUGUGUUUUUGGCUUUGUUAAACGUGAAUGUAAUAGGGCUGCGCACUGUUGUGCUCAAAAAGCCAUUUCCAAUGGCAUGUCCGGUCUGUGGACAUCCAUUUUACCCCCAUGGGGUUCUCAUCUCCCUGAUGUUUAG